GAAUAAUAGUCGCAGGAACCCAUAUUUCGCUGAUAUUGAAGAAAACUUUGGUUUCCGUCUUAUUUUGAAUAUUUCUCCUGCCAGCAACAAUGUCGAGCGUCACAGAGGAAGGCUUGUAUCAGCCAUAUGACCAGUUUAUACUGUUUGGAGAUUCAAUCACCGAGGGGUCUUCUAGCCAGGAACUGGGGUUUGCAUUCCACGCUGCAUUACAAGAUGCGUAUCGUCGCAGACUAGAUGUCAUCAACCGGGGUUUCUCCGGCUAUUCCACGGCUCAUGCGAUCAAAGUCUUUCCCAAGUUUUUCCCGCGGCCAGAGACAGCCACAGUCCGCUUCAUGACCAUCUUCUUCGGUGCCAAUGAUGCGUGCUUGCAGGGGAAUGUCCAACACGUACCUCUCGAGGAUUACAAGCGGAAUCUGAGGACCAUCAUCGAGCACCCGGCUACUAAGGCUCAGAACCCCAAGAUCAUCAUGCUCACUCCUCCCCCCGUGAACGAGUACCAGCUGAAGGACUUUGACGCGAGCAAGGAACAGCCUCAUCCUAGCCGGACAGCGAGCCACACGAAAGAGUACGCCGAUGCGGCCCGCCAACUGGCAUCCGAGCUGGGGAUCCCGACGGCAGACAUCUGGACUGCCUUCAUGACGGCUGCUGGCUGGCAGCAGGGCCAGCCCCUGACUGGUUCCACGGAGCUGCCGAACAAUGACAAGCUUGCCAGUCUCCUAACCGACGGCUUGCACUUCACCCCCGCGGGAUAUCAAAUCGUAUACGAUGAAGUGAUGAAGACGAUCCGUGCCCACUGGCCUGAGCAGACUCCUGAGAGCCUUCCCAUGAUCUACCCUGGAUGGACUGAGGCUCCAAAAUAGAGUGCCAUACGAGAAAAAAAAAGUCGCCGAAAUCCUACGAACUAGUACUACAUAGUAGGUACACUCUGGCUAGAUCUGUAUAUAGGCAUACUUUCAAUAGAGUAGAACAAUAAUCCAAGAGAAAAGGAAUAGUAAUAAUACUCGAGAAAUAUUGUGCUAGUUUAGUUCCUG